CAUUGUCACUGGUCGACUGGUCAGGUCACUUCACUUGUAAGCUAUCCUUGCUUCGAGAAGCAUCUCGCUGUCAGUGUCAGUGCUGAAUUCGUGUUAGUCUCACCAGAAGAGUCACCACCCGCUACCUGUGUACACACAUAAUGGACGUAGACAGAGAUAAGUUUGGAGGAUGCGAAGGACCAGAUGCGAUGUACGUGAAGCUCAUCUCUUCUGACGGGCAUGAGUUCGUCAUCAAGAAGGAGCACGCGACUACAUCAGGCACAAUCAAGGCCAUGUUGAGUGGACCAGGUCAGUUCGCCGAGAACGAAUCGAAUGAAGUCAACUUCCGUGAGAUCCCUUCACAUGUGCUCCACAAAGUCUGCAUGUACUUCACGUACAAGAUGAGAUAUACUAACAGCAGCACUGAGAUUCCUGAGUUCCCGAUCUCACCAGAAAUUGCCCUGGAGCUGCUGAUGGCGGCCAAUUUCCUCGACUGUUAGUUUGACUUUACUUGAUUUUAAAAUUGUGCUCAUUCCGCACUGGACACAUUAAUUUGGAAAUUAAGUUUAUCAAUACUACAACCUUCGGGGUCUAUGUUCAUUCAAAAUUUAAAUGCAGCAAAUUAUAAUAUAAUCUCAAACUCCUAAAAUCACUCCUAAAAAAUCGCCGUUUUGUAAGAAAAUUAUGUGGUGAUAUCAAUAAACCAAUUACCACU